CGCCCAAGCCAGGAAGAAUUUGCGAGCCGACCAAAAACCACCAACCGGCUUCGCCCCCGCCGUCGGCAACCGCCGGCCUCCGCCGCCUGCGCACCAUCCGCCUCAGCUCGUUCGUCCGGCAACCCCCCGCGCGCCACCCAUGGGCUGCUCCUCCUCCCUACCAGCCACUAAUGCUGGAGGUGGAGGGUUGAACAAUGUCAACAGUGGGAAUUCUGAUAUUGAUUCAAAGAACUUCCGAGUGAAGUUGGUAUUACUUGGAGACUCUGGUGUUGGGAAGAGCUGCAUCGUUCUUCGCUUUGUCCGUGGUCAGUUUGACCCUACUUCCAAGGUAACUGUUGGUGCAUCAUUUUUGUCACAAACAUUGGCAUUAGAGGACUCCACAACAGUGAAGUUUGAAAUAUGGGAUACUGCUGGCCAAGAGAGGUAUGCUGCCUUGGCGCCUCUUUACUACCGGGGAGCUGGUGCUGCAAUUGUUGUCUAUGACAUAACCAGUCCAGAAUCAUUUAACAAAGCACAAUACUGGGUGAAGGAACUUCAAAAACAUGGUGGUCCCGAUAUGAUUAUGGCUUUGGUUGGAAAUAAGGCUGAUCUACAUGAAAAUCGUAGUGUAUCUUCUCAGGAAGCACAAGAGUAUGCAGAAAGGAACAGUAUGUUUUUCAUUGAGACAUCAGCAAAAACAGCCGAUAACAUAAACCAAUUAUUUGAGGAAAUCGCCAAGAGGUUGCCCAGGCCAACAUCAUCUUGAUGACACUUGAUCAGUGUAGGUUUUAAAAAGCCUGAUCAAGGAGCAUUGUGUAAUGUACACUAGCAGAUAAAACUCGAACCUUGUCUGUCGAAUGUAACAUGGUGUCAGGUCAAGCACUCCAGCCAUCUGUAUGCGCGUUGUUUGCAUAUGUAACUUCCAUGUAAAGCUUGCCCGUUUGUGUAUUGAAUUGUGCGGAGACCUGGAAAUACACGUUUCCAGUUUGGUCCAAGUUAAACUCGUCGUGACAUGAUCUGCACUGUGCACUGGCGAUCACACAAGGAAGUGACUGAACUGAUAUGCAGGUGCAUGUUGCGACUCCUGUUUUCUGAUGCGAAAUCAAAUGUACCAUAUUAUGUAACUUUGUUGUUUACGGUUGGAGAUGCCCUUGGUCCCAUAAUAAAAGCUAAAAACAUUAGGAGCUA